AUGUCACGAAACCAAGUGACCUCUCACGACCUAACGCGUCUUAACGAGGUCGACGGGUUUCGCGAAUGGAGAGAAAAAGAGGCCGCUGCCCUCAGCGCCCUCGUGCAGCACCGGUUGCACAUCCUGCAGAAUCCCCCCGACUGCGCCUCUGCUAAGAAGAUCUACUGUGACUUUAAAGCUGCCAUUUCAGUGACAGUGUUUGCAGAAUCUCCAUUAAACUUCGGGACACGAGAUAGUCUUGAAAUAACACUUUCUCGAAUUACUGUGGCUAUGGCCAUUACAGGGGCGAGGGAUAGGGAGCCAACUACACCACCUGAGCUACUGCUUCCUGGCGUCAUAUGGCACUCAGCGGACCUUGAUUCUAGAUACGAAGAAUUACAAUGGCAAUCCCGAAGGACUCGAGACGUUCUUCCUUCCUCUCAGCGACACUUGCACAAGUUACGACAAGUCUCAGAUGGUUCCUUGGCCAGGAAAGAAAGAUUCGCUCGUGGUGCGUUUCCCGGUAUGGACAGACCGAAUCCGAGGCCGAACUAUUUUCCAAAGUCAAUCCCGAAGGACAUUUCCGAGCGUCUGGUGCGCCUCCACGGAGAUCCUUUUGCCUGGUGGAUGGGCCAGUUCUUCAAGUACGCCAUGAGGAUGAACAAGGAUUUCCAGGAUUACAUUGAUAACCAAGCGCGAGAAAUGGGUUACGAGUCUCCUAUUGUAGGCUUGCAGAUUCGACGGUCUGACAAACUGAUACAUGAAGCAGUUUACAUUGACCUCAGUGUGUACAUGGAAGAAGUGGAGGGCUUCUACAAGCAGCUGGAGUUGCGUCAGCCUGUUGCGCAACGAAGGGUCUUCUUGGCCACUGACGAUCCAAAUGUAAUUCCUGAAAUAAAGCAGAA